CUCAAAUGCAAAAAAUAAAAAAAUAUACAAAACAAUUUGGCAUCAGAAAAAAAUGAAACAGGGUGUCAAAGAUCUCACAUUCUCACUCUCCUUCACUGAACUUCCAUAGAUUCUCCAUUUUCAUAUCCUAAUUCAAGAAAUAAAAUCCUUUUCCCAUUUCUUAUCUUUCAACUCUUUUGAUCUUUUCAACAAAUUCCACUAUUAAUUCACCAAAUGUCAGCCCCUAAUAAACCACCUUCCCGUGGUUUCUCAUUCUUUAACAUCACCACCGGCAUCGGCGGCGGCAUCGGCAGUGGCAGUGGCAGUGUCAGAAGAUCCAAUGCAACGACGGAUUUACCACAACCACAGUUGAAGCUGGAGCCGGAUAGAGAAGUGUAUAGACCGGGUGAUCCGGUAACCAUUACCGUUGAAAUCAAGAACCCGACAACUUCGUGCUCUUUGCUUAUUGAAAAACUUAAUUUUGAGAUUAAAGGGAUCGAGAAAUUGGAUACUCAAUGGUUUUCAACUCCUAAACCAUCUCCUGAUUCUAAGCAACGCAGAGGUGAGUAUGUUUUUAUGGAUAAUGUGACUCCUGCAUUAAUUUCAAAUCAGAUUGUCUCCGCUGGUAGCUCCAGACAAUUUAUGGUGCGAACAAUUCUACCAAGCACCAUACCACCAUCAUACAGGGGUGCAACCAUUCGUUACCUUUACUAUGUUAGAAGUAUUUUAUCUGGACAAUACUUGAUGAUGGAAAAUGGUCACUUCCGUGAAGAAUCUAUACGAGAUCUUGAUGAGCUGGAAACGAGAAUACCACUGCAAAUAUGGGUAACUCAGAAGAGUAAUGGCCUGAAAAGUGAAGAAGGCCGCACUUGUGGGAUUGUUCCUGCUUCAACUCUGCCUUUGGAUGUUUAUUGGAAAGAGAUGGAUGCAGAUUCUGAUUGGGCUAAAAUAAAUGAAACUUUUGAUGGUGUGGAGGAAGGAUAUGAAAGUUCAAGGGAUGAAGUCUCAUCAGUUUCCUCCUAUAAUCCCAUGAAAGAUAAUAUACACCGAACAUUUGGAAGUUCAUUAUCCUUGCAGUCUUCCUUAGCAAGGUCUUCAAGCAAAGAUCUUCCACAUCUUGAAGGACGGUCGAGCAUAUCUUCACAACUGGCACUUCCACAGAUAGCUGUGGCUGAUGUCUUGUAUGAUUCUAAUGGGGCAGAUGUUUUGUCCCCCAGCAAGUCUUCUUCUUUCGUCUCUCCAAGUCAACAGCUGAAAAAUACCAAAUCCUUUUCCAAAUAUGAUGAUUCAACAGUACCUUCUGUCUCAGGCAUGGGUGAAUCUGGAGCAUCAGAAGGGUUUAUUCGAGGGAGGUCUUACAACAUUAGACUGGAUGACCAAGUGCUUCUAAGGUUUUCUCCAAAAAAUUCUGAGUCGACGUAUUACUUCAGUGAUAUGAUAGGUGGAACCCUGACCUUUUUUCAUGAAGAGGGUUCUAGAAGAUGCCUUGAGCUUUUAAUAACACUGGAGAUGACCGAGACUAUAAGCCGACGGUUUGUACAUCCUUCACGGAGACAUGCUCCUUCUAUUACUAAGGUUCAUAGUGAUCAUCAUGAAGUGGUUGCUGAUUUAAUUCAGACAAGCUUUAUUUUUUCCAUUCCGAUGGAUGGUCCUAUGUCUUUUUCCACUCAUUAUGUCUCCGUACAAUGGGCUCUUCGAUUUGAAUUCUUUACCACUCCCAAGAAUGUUGACUGGUCAAGAUAUGAGCAUCCUCUUUUGGUAGAGGGUAGAGAGAAGUGUGAGUGGGUACUUCCAAUAACUGUGCAUGCACCUCCUGGAGGAGCUGCUGCAGCUCAGACACGAAAUGACAAAUCAUUCUCUUUGGAACCCCUAUGGGUCCACACAUAAAGGUAUACACAUUGCUAGAAGAUAAAAUGCAUGGCUUCACAACUGUACUGAGCUAGAAAGCAACCCCUGGAAUUUGUGUACCAGGUUCUGAUGUCAGAAAGAAUGAGUGGUGACUGAGAUUCAGUAUUAUUGUAUUUUAUUCAUCAGUAGAUAUAUUUCUCAUUUCCAAUCUUUGGCAUGUCGUUCGUUCCUUCUCUUUAACAUCAUUUUUAUGUGAUUAGAAAUAUGCUUCACCUUUUUAUUUUCUUUUGAUGAUAUUCUUAGAGAAGAUUUUAUUCCGGGAAUCAUUACGUUGAAUGUCAUUAUGUAUAUGAUUAGAAGAGUCCAGUGAGGUAGGAUUUUAUUGGAAAUACCAUGCAACAGUAUAUUAUAAUUUCUAAUUCAUGGAUUAGGAUCUGAUGUUUUGAGAA